AUGUCGUCACGCAUCGAAAAGGGAGGAGCGCGCUUCAAACCCUCCAUCGUACCCAGAAGAUCCGCCGCCGGCACUCCAACCGCCAACAGCACCGCAACUCCCGCCUCUUCCACAGCGCCCUCGCCUUCUGGCUCUCAACAGCAGUCCACUUCGACAUCGGCUGCUGCCACUCCGCCCGCUUCGUCCGCUGCGCCAGCUCGCAAGGCGCAACUCAUCACCCCACGACGCAAUGUGCCCGUCACUCCAUCCCAGACAGACGCCGCCAGUGGUCCAUCCAGGCUUCACACAACUCAAAAGUCGCAAAGCUACGCAUUCACGGCGCCGUCUUCGGUCAUUGCCAAGACGCAAAGCUCUCCUGCCACGCGCACCAGCAUCACCGCCGGACAGCCAUCGACCAGCACAGCCGCCGGCACAGGCGCCAAACCCGUCUUUCGCAGACCGUCCGUGUCCAAACCGCGUCCGGGAUCGCGCACCUCGCUCACGCCAGCCCCGGCUUCCUCUCUGCCUUCUUCGAUCAAGGUGAUCCCGUCAUCGGACCGCGCAGCGCCCCCUAUCGACGAAGAGGCUGCUGCCGAAGCGACCGAAGCAACCACGUCAUCCGCUCGUUCCAAUGCACCGCCCAGCAUUGGGGGCUCCCGUACCUCGCGACGCGACGACGCCAGUGCCAUCCACGCAGGUGUAAGCCGCGACGCUGCGUUGGUCCAGUCAGACAGCCACCAAGUCGCGGUGGACAAGGCCUCACAGCCUGACCCCAUCCAGGCUCCAGCACCUCCCACUCGCGCCAGAUCUUCCACCGCCACUUCGGCACCUCCAAAAACACCGCUCAAGGAAAGCGCAUCCCAGGCUGACAACACGCAGCAGAUUUCAGAAUCAGUCGCCCCUUCAGCCAACGCUAAAGGGAAAGCACGAGAGGUUGUCGACAAUUCCGGCACUGCUGUCGGACAGACUGCUCCGUCGCAGAACGACACGCAGGACAAGGCUGAGCUUGCUGCUGCGCGCCGUCGCACCACUGCAGACCGGCUGCAGAAGCGCAGGCUCAAGCGCAAGGAGCGCGCCUCGGGCAAACCCAGCCGUCCGCUCUCGGCCUAUCUGCUCUACGUCAACUCGGUGCGCGCAGACCGCCAGUUGCAGAACCCGCAAAUGUCGCUCACAGCACUCACAAGUGCUAUUGCGGCCGAAUGGCGCGAGCUCCAACCCGAACUGCGCGGCCGAUGGGAGACUGAAGCUGCAUUGCUCCGGCAGAGAUACGACUCAGAGCUCGAGGCGUGGAAGCAGGCACAUCCGGAAGGCGUGCAACUCGGCCCCGAGGACGAGAGCGACAUGGAGACCACGUCCGAGCUCGACGACGAUGGCGCGCCCAUCCGUCGCAAGAAGCGCCGCGUGACGGCCGCGCGCCAGCCACACACCGUGUCCGACGACGAGGAGGAAUAUCGCAAGCAAUUGUAUCAGGAGGGUCCACAGCUCACCGCCAGCCGCAUCGACCCCAACGACGUCAUGAUGGCCGACAUCAGUACCGCAGAGUACAAAAAGGGGCGUGCAGGACCCAGGACGUUCGAGGCAGAGCGCGUCUACAAUCGACUCGUUACAGAGAGAAGGGCGGCUGCACGCUCGGCUAUGCUGGGCGGACACGUGCUGGGCGACAAGCUCGAUGCCGCCUCGCCCUCGCCUGCUCCACCCAGUCGCGUCCUACGUGCGACGAACAGCGCUCCCGUCGACGCAACUCAAGAGGUGCUCGAGGGCGAGGAGGAGGAGGUCGUCGGUGACCGAACCGAAGAUGAUGAGGAUGAAGAUGCCGACUCGGACGACGAUUCCGACGACGCUGCCUCGGCACGCGCGCGGCGCAAGAGGGAGGCGUCAGUGGCGGCGACCGACGUGUCGUUCCGCGAGAACCGAUUCGCGGUGCAGACGCGUAUCGUGGACGGCAAGAUCGUGCUCGAUGAGACAUCGCUGUUCGCCAAUUUCGGCAACGAAGAGGACCGCGACAACAUGGAGGUGGUCGACGAGCGCGAAGGCGACCGCUUUGUGAAUGCCGCCACGUACUCGCGCAAGCUCGGCCGCAACCGCAAGUGGACUGCCGACGAGACGGCCAAGUUCUACCGCGCGCUACAGCAGUGGGGCACCGACUUUGAGAUGAUAGCCCGUCUCUUUCCCGGCCGCGACCGUGUGAUGGUCAAGAAGAAGUUCAACGUCGAGGAGCGCAGCAACGGCAAGCUGGUGGACGAGGCGCUGCGCAAUUCCAUCCCCGUCAAUCUCGAGGCGUACGCAGCGGCGAUCGGCGUCGAUCUCUCGGGUCCGCCGCCGGAGAUCAAGGCGGAUAUUCAGGAUAUCGCCUCACUCGCGGUGCCCGAGGGUGUCAUUAAGAAGCGCGAGGGCACAGCGCCCAUAUCGGGCAAGAAGGGCGGACGCAGCGAUGCAGAGGACGACGCAUACGACGACGACGGCUACGAGUACGAAGAGGUGGUCGAGGUGGACGACGACGGCAACGAGCAGGUCAUCCGCCGCCGGCUCGGCAAGAAACCCGGCAGUAGAGGCGCUGGCAGGAAGCGCCGCAACUCGGCACGCAAGAACUCGGUCUCUACCCCCGCUCCCCCAGCAGCCUCCGCGGGUGGGGCAGGCGCGGGUGCGGGUGCUGGUGCGGGUGCUGAAGCCGAUGGUGAUGCAGACGCGGCAGCUGGUGGGGCAGCGGGAGCCGGCAGGUCGGGCGGACCACCGUCGAUCGGCUCGCGCAAGAGCACGCGCACCACCCGACCCCGCGCCGCAUCGACUCGCGAAGCGCCCGGCGACGGCAACGAGGUCGAGCAGAUUGUUGGCGAAGCCUAG